AGGCAAAUAUAACUCCCACUUUUUUGACCAGACAUAUACUCUUUUACAUCAAACACUCUUUUACACAAGUACAAUCAAAACAGAGUGGGUAUGGAGAUCCAAGGGAGAAAGAAAUCAGUGAGAAUCAUGCAACCACAAGGUAACAGAGUGAAAAAUCAUAUUGACAUGAACUUGAAGAAGGUCCAAGUUGUGUAUUAUUUGAGUAGAAAUGGCCAACUUGAACACCCUCACUUCAUGGAAAUCUACCAAAAGCCAAACCAUCAUCUUAAACUCAAAGAUGUUAUGGAGAGGCUUACUGUUCUUAGAGGCAGAGGCAUGCCUUUUCUUUUCUCUUGGUCUUGUAAAAGGAGUUAUAAGAAUGGAUAUGUUUGGAAUGAUUUAUCAGAGAAUGAUAUCAUUUAUCCAGCUGAUGGUUGUGAGUAUGUACUCAAAGGAUCUGAGCUCUUUCAUGGCUCCUCUUCUUCAUCUUCAUCUUCAGUUGCAAGGCACAAUCCAAAGUCCAUGCAAAACCCAAACCCAAUCCAUUACGUAGAAACAGAAGAAGAAGAAGAAGCAGAGGAGGAUCACGAUAAGAGCAACAAUGAGCGAACCGCGAAGCAGCAGACCGAGAUCCAACUCGGUGAUGACUCGUCCCCGCCUUCAUCAUCCUCAUCCGAUCCAGCGGCUGAGUCGGUACCGAUUCUCAACUCUGUCUUGCGCCAACUCGUCACCUGCGGCGGCGCCGGUGGCAGAGCUCAAUCAAAGAGGAGCCAUCAUGGGCUAAGGAUAAAGGCAGUGAGCCGGCUGGCUUUGGCUAGCCGAGCUGAAGAAGAAGAAGAGAUAAAAUGCAUGUCGGAGAAUCCGAGGUUCGGGAAAUCACAGGGAGAAGAGAAGGAGUACUUCAGUGGGAGCAUUGUGGAAGCCAUAGCAUCGGCUCAGCAACGUUCUGAGACUGAGCCGCCGAGGUUGAAGAAAUCGUCUUCUUUAAAUGAAGAAAGGAGUUUGAAGGCUGGGAUCGGAGAAGUUGAUGAAGAACAAGAUGGAGGUGGUGGUGGUGGUGGUUGUGUGAAAGGGAAGUGUAUUCCGGGGAGAAAAAAGUCAUUUCAGAACAAGUGAAUUAUUUUGUAUUAAUAAGUUUAUUUUUAGUUU